GGUGGAGACAACUUUUUCCGGACGGAGGGAGUAGUAGUUAAGAGGGCCUGGUAGCAUAUAUGCCAAGUUUGUGUCUAGUGCUGUUGGGGUAUUGACUAUGCGACAUAUACUAAUCAGUCCAUCUAUUGUUAUUUAUUUAUUUUUCUGAAUGAUCCAUUGUUAACAAAAUUAAUUUUCUCAGAAUGUUUAUAUUUUUUAUUGCAUUUGCAAAAACUUCCCUAGGCCUUACUAGACGUCAUUAGUUAAUAUAAUACUCCCUCUGUCCCAUAACAAAAAAGCUCUUAUAUUAUGGGACGGAGGGAGUAUUUCUCUUGUUUUGGAUUGUACCUCUGAGCAACCUCUUCAACAUAAUGUUCAUUUUUACUACUUCGAUGACAUUGACAGAUUUUCCUUUUUAUAGGCAAUGAUUUCUCAGUGGAACCUGCUAUGAUUUGUAGGAUAAAAAGACUUGCGCUCAUCUGUGUGCAUACAGUACACCAGAAGAGAGUUGAAUGGGGUCACCAAGUGUUGAUGCCAUCAGAGAUUACAGAUGCUCCUUCUAUUCGAAUACUAGAGACUCUGGCUUGCUUGCUAAAUCCUCAGCUUAAGUGGAACUGUGAAGUAGUUAUGUAUCUUCAGCAGAAAAAGAUUCAUUGCUUAUUUCGGGAGGUUAUUGAGACCGUAUCGGAAAAAGCAAUACAUUUGGCUAAGCAAUCUGAUAGUGCAUCUGCAUUCGAGAAAGUUCUUAUACUUUUUGUUUCUCAUGUUGAGAAUCAUACACACUGUUGUCCAGCUGUGCACCCACGAUGGAGUUUUCCUUAUCAAAUCCUAUCUAUUCCCUUUCUUUGGCACCGUUUGCCACAUUUAAAGCUGGCUUUCUGUAGUCAAGGGCUCAUUGAACAUUACAUUAACAAGAUAGCUUCGUUCUGCUUGAGUGAUGUAUUUCCAAGUGAUAUGUCGGCCGGCCAUCCCGGUUAUGCAUCUUUAUUUGCAAAUAUUUUUGACGCCGCAGUCUAUAUCUUGUCCGACCAAGCUUUAUCUCAUGAGAGAGUAGCUGAUCUACUUAACGCUUCUGUGUUAUUUCUGGAUGCUUUGCCCAAAAUUGCAUCACCGUCCAAAAGUAUUGAUGAUGUCGAUAAUAGUGGGCUUCAUGAAUAUUUGCAAAGAGAGAUAAGGCUGGUGCUUCAAGUUUUGGUGAAUGCUGCAGUUAGAUGCACAGCCAGCAUAUCCUAUAUUGAUACAGCAAGGCAACCCACUGUUGCAAUGAAAGCUGUGGGCUCUCUUUCUGCUCUUGUGCAUUUGAUGCUAGAAACAUUUAGUAUGGACGUAAUUAUGACAGCAUUGGCAUUUCAUACUGAAAUAGCUUCUGUUUUAUGGAACUUUAUAAAGUGGUGCCAUGAAAGUGAAAGCUGGAAUAUUUUUUUGAACAGUCUGAUUUCAUGGCCUACAAAUGCUCCUGCUUGGUUUCUACCAGUUUCUUUGUUCUGUCCCAUAUACAUGCACAUGUUGGGAGUGCUUGAUAACACCGAGUUCAUAGAACAGGGUGAACCAUUUUUACUUGAUGAUUUGAAGUAUUUGGUUUCUGUAUUAAAAGAGGAACUGUUCGAAAUUCUUUGGAAUAUUCCUUCGCAUACCUCUAAUAUUCAGGCAGCAUUGCCCAACCCACUUGGACUUCAGAAGAUCUCAAUUGAGGGUCUCAAAAGCAAGGCUAUGUUUGGCUUAAUUGAAUUACUUUCAGAGCUGCAGGAUUGGAAUAACAGAUUAUUCACUGAUGAUGAGAGUGCUUUCUGUAUUGAUAAUUUUUCCGAAGUGGUGGGUGAAGAUUUUGUCGGCCAGGCAAUACUUGCCAAUAGCCAAGAAUCAAAACUAGUAAAGAUUGCCCCCUUCUUGGUUCCUUUCAGUCUUCGACUGCAAAUAUACCAUUUAUAUUUGGCUGCUGAUAAGGCAAAGUUCAAAGCUUCAAGACUACCCUUAGGGUCCCAUCCGAUAGAAAUAAGAAGAACUCACUCUCGGGAAGAUGCUUUUGAACAUCUAAACCAUCUCUCUUCCGAAGAACUUAAAGGAUAUAUUGAAGUGAGCUUUAUUAAUCAGCAUGGUAUUAGAGAAGAAGGUGUUGGUGAAGGGAUAUCACGUGAUUUUAUUGAUGGUGUUGCCAAGUUAGCAUUUGGUUCGGACGCUGGCUUCUUCAAGUCAACCUCUCGCAAUUUGCUCUAUCCGAGAUUGGGGUCAGUUUCUGCACAAGAUCUGGAACAUUUCCAUUUCCUUGGACUUCUUCUUGGAAAGGCAAUGUAUGAGAAUGUCAGUAUCGAAGCAGUGUUUGAAUUAUCAUUCUUAAAAACAAUAAAACAGAGACCAAUCUGUUUAAAUGAUUUCUCAUUAUUGGAUAAAGCAAUCUAUAAUCAACUGCGAAACAUGAAGAAAGAGGAGGAUUCAAUCUCAGGAUGGGGCUUGUACUUUUCAAUCUCAAGUGGUAACAAUAAUGAUGAAGAAGAUUUGCUUCCUGGUGGGAGCAAUAUGCUUGUUACUAAGCAUAAUUUUGCUCUCUAUAUGCAUCUUGUCGCAGACUAUAAAUUAAAACAUCAGAUCCGUGCACAAAGUAAGCACUUUUUGAGAGGUUUCCAACAGCUUAUUUCACUGGAAUGGCUUGACAUGUUCAGUGAGCCGGAAGUUCAGUGGAUUAUAUCUGGACCUUCUAAAGGGCUGGAUAUAGAUGACUUGCGGUCAAACACGAAUUAUGCUGGUGCAUUUCAUCAGGAUCACGAGGUCAUAAUUUUCUUUUGGGAGGUUUUAGAGACUUUUGGUCAAGAUGAUCGGAAAGCAUUUCUCAAGUUUGUGACGGGUUGUUCUCGAAUUCCCAUUGGUGGUUGCCAAUUGCUUCAACCAAAAUUUUGCAUUGCAAGUCUAGGUGAAGCCCCAGAUCCAGAUGCAUUUCCUCGUUCUUCCACUUGCUUCAACCAGUUGAAACUCCCAAUAUAUACAACCAAGAGAACUAUAUCAGUUCAUCAGUCAUAUACUCCCUCCGUCCCAUAAUAUAAGAAGGUUUUUGACACUACACUAGUGUCAAAAACGUUCUUAUAUUAUGGGACAGAGGAAGUAUAUUCUUACAAUCUUGGUCAAGAAGAAACAAAGCAUUGAGAUUCUGACUGUCACGAGCCACUCUAAACCUUGAAACCUGAAUGUACUUUUUGGUCUUU